AGCUAUCGAUACAUCGGUUGUUUCUACAGCGAAGCAACACUUUCACGUAAUUUACCAAGAACUGAAUGUAAAAAAUGUCGCUGGCAAAAAAAGGCAAGCGCGCUGUCGGCGUUUCGAAGGACGUUACGUGGAAGAAACUGGGCUUCCUGCCGGCCUUCAAGCAGGACAAGGCCGGGGGGCCCAAGAAGUACCGGGCCCUGUGCACCCAUUGCCGAAAAUGCCAAUCGAACACCAGCAUUGACAGGCUGAUCAUUCACAGGAAAUCCUGUACCAAGUUUCGAGAGGAUCUCACCGACGAGCUGGGCGUAAAGAUGGACGAGGGCCCGUGCCUGAAGACAGAAGCUCCGGAUGCCACCGGCGCUCCGGCGGAACCGAGCACACCCGCCUCCGAACCGGCCAUCACCGCACAAACUAUCGAGAUCUCGACGAGCAAUCUGCUGGAGAAACUCUUGGACGAGGAUGAGGGCAGCGGGCGCACUACGGACCCCACCUUGGUGAGCUACCUCACCGAUCUGGAUCAGCUGGUGCCCCAGCCCCUAGCAUCCGAUGCCAAUCGCCUGCAGAAGGAUCUCAUAAAGGCCGAGACGGAGUACCUGGUGGCCAAAUCCGAGUACUUUGUCAAGUUGAACGAUAUCUCGGGUCUGAAACGAACCCUCACCAUGUUGGAGGCGAAAAAGACGCAGCUGGAGAUCGCCAAACUGCGAGCGGAGUGCGAGUAGCCUAAGUUUUUUAAGUACAAACAGUUAAAAUUUUCUCUGAAUAUAUAAAUUUGUAAAGAUAA